AUGGUACUCAACGAUAGGGAGAAGUGGCCGAUACAGGAACGAGCCUACCAAGUGGAAAUGUUACGAGCUAGUCUUCAGCAAAACAUUAUUGUCUCGCUUGUCUGGUUUCUCUGCCCUACUAUUGCGCUGUGUGAGCAGCAAGUCAAUGUUCUCCGGUCCCACCUUCCCUACAGCCGCCCUCGAUCCUUCACUGGCAAGGAUCAAGUCGACCACUGGGGAGAAAAGGCCGUUUGGGAUGCCGCCCUGUUCGGCGUGCGAGUCGCAGUCUCAACCUAUCAGGUCCUGUUGGAUGCCCUAACGCACGGGUUCACGAGAAUUGAUCAAUUUUCAUUGCUGAUAUUAAUUGCCAUCGCAACUAGCUCAUCAUUGCACUGGAAACAGCCCGGCGAACAGAAUCAUGAAAAACUUCUACCAUCCCUACAAACAGACGAUCCCGAACAUCUUACCUCGGAUCCUAGGAAGCUAGAGAGUGAUCUCGACAGCAGGUGCAUGGGCCCAAAUCGAUACUAUCAGCAGCUGUUGGAUUCAACCAAUCGUUCUGAGGUGUGUAUUUAUCGUUUCUUAGAUGAUGAUGGACUCCGCAUUAGUGCCGAACCCCGGCUAUUGAGUUGGCUGCGUGGCAUUAUCGAUCACGCAGAGAGGUAUCAUCAUCAGUCAAGGACCGCGCAGCUUCGCCAAUUUGUCCAAACUUCUGAAGCCCUUUAUCACGAGCUCGGCAAGUGGGCGGCGACUGAGUACAUGUCCACAUCCAUCAGGCACUUCAAAGAGCACCAACGCUCGCAUGCCGAGACAGAGUGGUGCACUAAUGCUGUCAAAGACUUCACUAUGAAGACGCUCUGCGAGCUCGGCCCGCUGGAGCGGCAUCCCAUAUCGCCUACUACACCUGCUGAUCUCUCCCCAAAAUGCCGGGGGCUUCUUGAAACCCUGUCCCGACUGGUGAAUCGAGACUUUCGGGGGCUGAUAUUUGUGGUUCGACGAGCGACCGUGAUGAUACUAAAGUCACUGAUCGAGAAUCAUCCCGAUACCAAAGACAAUUUCCGCUGCGGCGCUUUCGUCGGCAUGUCAAAAAUGCACGGCCUGACAGACCUUGGGAAGUGGCACGAUAACAUCCGUGCGCAGGAAGAGACACUGACCAAGUUCCGUAUGAAAGAACUGGAUUUAAUCAUCACCACUAAUGCACUGGAAGAGGGAAUCGACAUCCCAGCCUGCAAUACUAUCAUCAGCUUCGACCGACCUCUCAGUCUCAGGUCCUUCAUCCAAAGACGCGGAAGAGCUCGCCAAAAACAAUCCACCUUCAUAAUUUUCGCUAAUAACAAGCAGGAAGAGGAAGAGUUGAGGAAACUGAUAGAAUUAGAAGACAGGCUGGUGCAGACCUACCGAGAUGGCACACGAGCUGUUCCCAACCCACCGUGUGAGGCAGACUCUUAUUUGUCACUAGAGGUGAAAGAUACAGGCGCUCGACUGGGCAUGCUGGAUGCUGUGAGCCAUUUGAACACCUUUUGUGCAAAACUGCUGCGACAGCCAUAUGUCAUCAAUCGGCCCCUAUAUCAUUACCAGGAGAGUCCUGAUGGCCGGGUUCGAGCCACAGUCCUCUUACCUAGUGCUCUCCAUCCAUCUCUUCAAGAAAUUGAGGGCUUGUACUGGUGGUCCAGUAGAAAACAUGCGAGAGCCGACACUGCACUGCAAGCAUAUCAGGCUUUGCGGGCGGCAGGCUUGGUGAAUGACCAUCUACUACCAUCUAAGCCCUCCGACCUCAUCAAACCGGCCUUACUUUCUUGCAAAGCCUUCCAUCUUCUACCGGAACCAUUCAAUCCUUGGGCUGAGGCGGCUGCUCAGUGGGAUACCAGCGGGGGGAGCCUGUACGCCCAUCGUCUGGAGAUCCAAAUCCCGGGAAGGAACAGUCUCGAGCUGAGGAUGAUCAUCCCUCAGCAGAUCCACAAGCAGACCAGGUUUCCCCUAUUCUUGCAUGACGAGACCACCAUCAUUGUCCGCCUGUGGCCAGGCUCACUAGUUGCCACUGACCAACAGAAUAUCUUGCUCUACCGUCGGGUCACGCAUCUGAUCCUCCAGUCUGUGCAUGGGUAUCUGCUACAGACUCAGGAUCGAAAAGACUUUGUUACCCUUUUCGUUCCAGAUGCUGCACCUGCUGCGAUGCAACUUUUCCUGGAGACAUGCUCUGGCAGGCUUCCCCUCAACGAGGCUUUGAAGAGCGAAAAACACACGCGGGAACCAGGCCUACUGCGUAGCCCUACGUGGCCUUCCUACCCGUGGAUCAUAAAUUCAUGGCACUUGGAACUCCCAUGCAGCCUCCAACGCCUUCGGGCACACAUUUACCCUCUACCCCGGAGGCGAAACUUUCUAUCUCGCUGCCCUCCCGGAGGUUCGAAACCGGGAAAUCCGGCGACAGGCCAUAAAGGCCGGAAGGCGUUCUCAGAGGGCCAGGAGCUUACCAUGGAUCGACUACCCCUUCCAUGGGCCCUGGCGGCUCUGUAUAUUCCCAGUAUUACCCAUGAGAUUGGUAUAUGUCUGGUUGCCGAACGACUACGGGAGCAAGUCUUAUCAGGCAUGGCCUUCCGCCGGAUGGGUCUCCUUUCCCUGGCAAUUAGACCAACCUGCUCCGAGAGACCUGAUCGGUUCCGGUCGUUGGCCUUUGUGGGGGCCACCUUUCUGAAAUUCAUCACCAGCGAGCAAUUGUUUCUGCACCACCCCACCUGGCAUCAAGGCCUACUAUCUAAGCUCAAGGAAACUGUUGUCUCAGACCAGGGGUUGGCCCAGGCAGCCAGGAUGUGCAGGCUGGGGGAAUUCCUCAUCACCAGACGAUUCAACGGCCGGAAAUGGAAGCCCGCAUGGAUUUCCAGUUUUCUGUCACCGCCGGGCUCCAUGGAGCCACGGAAGAUCAGCGCUAGAACGCUGGCCGAGAUGGUAAGAGCAAUUGUGGGCGCGGCCUAUAUGGACGGCGGCAGCAAGCAAGCGGCGACCUGUGCCGCGACUCUUGUGCCGGCAAUCAAGACUUGGUAUGCCGCAGCACUGAGUGACGGUAGCUUUGAGCAAACUCGGCCAAGGCCCGUGAUAUCGUACUUUUCAACGCUGGACGAGAUGGAACAAUUGCUAGGGUACACAUUUACGGAUCGCAGCCUGCUGGUGGAAGCAUUGACGCAUCCUUCCCACUAUGCAUCCGGAAUGCCUCGGACCGCUGCCUACGGGCGGUUGUCCUUCCUGGGGGAUGCUGUGCUCGAACUUGUGGUGACCCAGACUCUACUCCACGCUCCUAAUCGGACUCUGGAUGUGGACCGUUUGCAAAGUCUGCGAACCGCCGUGACUAAUAAUAUGUUCUUGAUGUUUCUAUGUUUGAUGUUCCACAUGGAAGUUGAAACCCAUGUCGGAGAUGCUACCCAGCCAACCCUCAGCCGUGCGGAGGAGACUCUGGACGAGGUUUAUCUGUGGACCUGUCUGCGUUCACACAGCAUUGAGCUUACCACUGCCUUGGCCAAAUUUCGAUCGACGUCCCGGCGCAACUGCUGGAGGAUUCAACUGGCUUUUCUGAGGAAGACGCAAUACCCUUGGGCUGAGCUAGCCGCGAUGGGCGGGCACGCUGUCCUGGGUGAUAUUGUAAAAAGCGUGUUGGGGGCGGUGUUCCUGGAUUCUCAAGCCAACCUGCGGGACUGCCGGCAUCUGGCCGACAGGAUGGGGAUUCUCCCUCGUGUCAAGCAAUUUCUUCGCGAUGGCGUAGUCACAGACCAUCCCAAAAUCCUCUUACAGAAGCUGCAUCCGAGAACAAAGAUCUUCUACCAAGGCUAUACCAUACCCGCGCCAGACAAGCCCUUCUGCUGUGCAGUCUGGGUGGACGACGAGAAAUUGGUUGAUAUUCAGGGAUGCCCCAAUCGAAAUGUUGCCAUGGUCUCUGCCUCUCAGGUUGUAGCACAACUUCUACAAGAAAGACUCAAGGCCCGGUGA